AUGAGUGUUUGCAAUACAUUUCCAGGUCUGAUUGAUUAUUGUCCAGGAAGUCAUAACCAUUUUUUUGAAAAUUAUGCUUAUAUUAAAAAUUUCCUUUUGGAGAAAAUAAAAGAACAUGAAGAAUCAUUGGAUGUUACAAUUCCUCGGGACUUUAUUGAUUAUUUCCUAAUUAAUGGAGGCAAGGAAGACGGAAAUCAACCAUUGAAAAAUAGGCUUGAACACCUGGCAAUAACAGUGACUGAUCUUUUUUCUGCUGGGACAGAGUCACUAAGUACAACACUGAGAUAUGCUCUCCUACUCCUGUUGAAGUACCCACAUGUUACAGCUAAAGUCCAGGAAGAAAUUGAACGUGUGGUCGGCAAACACCGAAGCCCCUGCAUGCAGGACAGGAGCCACAUGCCCUAUACAGAUGCCAUGAUUCAUGAGGUCCAGAGAUUCAUUGAUCUCGUCCCCAACAGUCUGCCCCAUGAAGUGACCUGUGACAUUAAAUUCAGGAACUACUUCAUCCCCAAGGGAACAACUGUAAUAACAUCACUGACAUCAGUGCUGCAUGACAGUAAGGAGUUCCCCAACCCAGAGGUAUUUGACCCUGGCCACUUUCUAGAUGGGAAUGGAAACUUUAAGAAAAGUGACCACUUCAUGCCCUUCUCAGCAGGGAAACGGAUAUGUGCAGGAGAAGGCCUGGCACGCAUGGAGUUGUUCCUGUUCCUAACCAGCAUUUUACAGAACUUCAACCUGAAACCUCUGGUCCACCCAAAGGACAUAGAUAUAAACCCAGUGCUCCUUGGAUUGACCUCAGUGCCUCCUGCUUUCCAGCUCUGCUUCAUUCCUUCCUGAAAACCAAAUGUCUGGCUCCAGCUGGGACAUCUUCUGUGAUCACCCUGAGGCUUUAAUUCAAUGCUUUCCACACUGGACACACUGCCUUUUAUCUAUUUCUUUUGCCUCCUCAUCAUUUCAUAAGUCUCUAUGAACAUACAUUUACCAAUUUACAAAUCCUGUACAAAUAUUUGUGACAGUUCCUAUUUUCUAAAACACUGUUGCCACAUGCUGUGAUGAUAUGUACCUGAUCCCAAGUUAAAUAUACUCUCAUUAUAAAAUUGAAAAUACUAUUGUAGGGUAAUUCACAGUCACUUCUCUUCUGCAUUUUCUUAGUAAUAAAUUCUUUUGAUAUACCUAUUCUCAGAC